AGAAGCGUCUAAAGCCAUAGAGGCGGCAACGGGAGAAAUCAUAAUACAUGUAAUAUCGAAAACGACAUAAAAAAAAGAAAAAAAAAAGAAAAAUUAAACUCAGUCCUGAACCCGACUUUCGCCGAAGGAUUAUUACUGGGAGUUAUCUGUCACGUAUGUAGCCACAGCCCUUGUCCUCAUGGGUUUCUUAUUUUGCUAGCUUUCAGCUGUUGUCAACGGCUCGUCUGUCACAGCAUAACAAACAAAGCAGUUGGGAUCAUCAAAAUGGCUCACUGGAGCAGAUUUGAGAAGGAGCUGGAUCUGGAGACCAAGAGACUGAUCUCACAUUUAACUGGCAUUCAAGAUGAGGAGGAUCAGAACUUUCAAAUGGCACUUAAGUUUACCUGGUCCAAUUUCAAGUUUCACCGUUUUCUUGAUGUCAACGGGCACAAUGUACAGCGAUCCAUAAAUGGGAUUCACGAGAAACUCAUGGUCCACUCUGACUUGGGUAAAGCAGAGAGCUGGCAGCGGCUAACUGAGGAAUUCCUCAAUUCUCCUCUUCCUAAUACUGACGGAAUCAAGACUGAUGUUCACUACAGUAUGGUGGCUUUACUACUCCACCUGUCUGACUCUCCAUCCAACACAAACUUCUGUGAAAGACCCAGACUGAAAGAAACGGAGAAAGAGGACACGUUUGAUUGGGCCAAGUACCUCAUGGAGGGAGAAGAUAUUGAUACUGGACCCUUUCCAGACACUCCAGAGUGGUCUGAGGAUGAAAGUGAAGAGGAAGAUAGUCAACAGCCCUUGAGCAGAGAAGAUUCUGGUAUACAGGUGGACAGGACUCCACAGGAGGACCACGAGCAGAAUGACAAGACCGUCCAAGUCACCUGGACUAUGGGUGAGCCUGACUCCAGGGCUUGGUUGGAGCAGCAUAUUGUCACCUCGUAUUGGGUUCCUAACUCUCCCCGGUUUCCACACAGCCUCCACCUGCAUUCCAACCUCUAUAAUGUUUGGGAUCAGCACCUGUAUAACACUGGGCCUCUCUACCUGCCAGAGGAGAAGUCUUUUGUUACAGAGACUCAAGUGAUUCGGGAAACUCUGUGGCUUCUCUCUGGGGUUAAGAAGCUUUUCAUUUUCCAGCACAGUGAUGGCAAGGUUACUGUAAGGAAUGAUGUCGUGGUCACACAUCUGACUAAUAACUGUCUUCAGUCAGUACUGGAGCACAUAGCAGCUUAUGGGCAGGCUGUUUCCCGACUGCAGAGGUUUAUCGAUGAAGUGACUGGCCACAGUGCAGAGCCCUGUCCUCCAGGACUCAACCCUUCUGCUUCCUCCAAGAAGAGCUCAGAGCCUCCCUUCAGGACUUACCAAGCAUUUGUUUGGGCCCUGUAUAAAUAUUUUACCACCUUUAAAGAAGAGCUCAAUACGAUAGAGAGAGACAUUAUUGGCAAAGAUGAGACUGUGACCCUGUCAGCCGUGUUAGAACGAUUAAGCCCUCAUUUGGCUCAGAUCACAGUGCUUCACAGGGUUUUCUGCACCGGAGUGGCUGAGGUCCCGCCCGGAACGCCCAAUGUGUUACGAGCCUCACACUUACUCAACACCCUUUACAAGGCCAUCAUAGAAUAUGACAGUGUGGGUGAGGCCUCCGAGCAGUCCGUGGCACUUCUUUUCUCUCUCUGGGUAGAAACGGUCAGGCCAUACCUUGAGAUUGUGGAUGAAUGGAUUGUUCAUGGUCACUUAUUUGACCCAGCAAAAGAGUUUAUAAUUCAGAGGAACAAAGAUGUACCAGUAAACCACAGGGACUUCUGGUAUGCCACUUACACACUGUACAGCAUAUCUGAGCCUGUGGAGAGCGAGGAGAGGCUAAGUGAUGCUGCCAGUGGAAGCUCUGGGGGGGAGCAGGCCUCUAGUAGCAGACAACACACCAUGGUGUCUUUCCUCAAGCCUGUACUUAAGCAGAUCAUCAUGGCAGGCAAAUCCAUGCAGCUACUGAAGAACCUGGACUGCAAGGAGACCGAGCAGCCAGAUGGCUCCUCCAGAGAUGCCGAAAGGAAGAGUCUGUACACGCUUUUCCUGGAAUCAGUACAGACACGCCUUCGCCAUGGAGAAGAGUCACCCACAAAUACAGUUACAGAGCAACAGGCUACUAAGAAAAGCCUUAUCAAGAUGCAGUCCGUUGUGGCACGGCAUCUGGAGCUGGACGACAUUCAUGACUCCCUUCUGGCUAUCAAUUUUGCAAGGCUAUAUUUAGAGCAGAAUGACUUCCAUGAGAAAUUCUCUGGCGGUAGUGUGAUUUUGGACCGUUCCUCGGAGUCUGUUACAUGUCAAACUUUUGAGCUCACUCUACGCUCCUGUCUGUACCCACAUAUUGAGAGGAGAUAUAUCGAAUGCUGCGGAAACCUCAUGAGAACCCUGAAGAAGGACUAUAGGCUACUGGGAUACUUGCAGGCAAUGAGAAACUACUUCCUCUUGGAGGCUGGGGACACUAUGUAUGAUUUCUACACAGCCAUCUUUGACAAAGUUCUGGAGAAGGAGAGCUGGCAGCAGCUGGCAUUUCUUAAUGUUCAGCUGCAAGAGGCUGUUGGACAGCGCCACCCAGAGGACAGCAGUCGGCUGUCAAUAUUUCUCGAAACGAUUGACCCUGCAAGAAAAAAACAGCCAGUCAAUAACCUUGAUGGUCUUACGCUGAGUUAUAAGGUUCCAUGGCCUGUAGAUAUUGUUAUUAGUUCAGAGUGUCAGAAAAUCUACAAUCAGGUCUUCCUACUGUUACUUCAAAUCAAAUGGGCUAAAUAUAGUUUGGACACAUUGCGAUUCAGUGAUUUGACGGUAGCUGCUAAAAGGCAAGAAGGAGGCCAGUCUGAGGAGAGCACAGCCAAAGAGCCCAUAAACCAGCAGAUUCACCGAAUGUUUCUCCUGAGAGUCAAACUUAUGCACUUUGUCAACAGCCUGCACACCUACAUUAUGACAAGGAUCCUUCAUAGUACAGGUCUUGAAUUUCAGCAUCAAGUACAGGAGGCAAAGGACCUGGACCAGCUCAUCAAAAUCCACUAUAGAUACUUGUCCACCAUUCAUGACCGAUGCCUGCUCCGAGAGAAAGUCAGUUUUGUGAAGGAGGCCAUCACGAAGGUGCUAAAUUUGGUGCUCAUCUUCUCUGACAGAUGGCAGGCUGGUUUUGGGGCCUGGAAAAUUGAGUCGAUUGACAAAAUGGAGUCGGAUUUGAAAAACUGUCACAUGUUUCUGGUGACUAUUUUAAACAAGGCUGUGUGCAGAGGCUCAUUUCCUCAUUUGGAGUCCUUGGCGCUGUCGCUGAUGGCUGGAUUUGAACAGUGUUAACAAACAGAACAUGGUUAUUCAAUCCAAAGCACUGAACACAAGACCAAUUAUGUAUUGUACUUCUGUAUGAUGGCUGCUGUACUGUUGUUGUCUGUCUCGACCAGGAUGUUUGACAUCAUAGUACAUCAGAAGUCGCAGUUUGUGUCUGUAAACAGAGUAAAACUUGUGUUACAGUUGUCUGUCUACAGCACAGGUAAUGCUACAAGAUGAAUUAGCAUUUUGUGGACAGUCUGACUGGUACUUUUUCAUCAUUGUGUUGGCCUGUGUUAUGGUUGAAUAUGUCAGAUUGUAUGUAAAAUCUCAGUGUCCACAACGUGAAUAUAGUGGAUAUGCGAGAAAAGUAGACAUCCCUUCUGAAAACAACCCAAGAUGGUUUUAGCUGGUCUCCCAUCCUGAUCAGCCUGGUCCGUUUGCUGAUUUUAGAGGGGUCUUGGACACUUUCAUUGGUCAGGCUGUGAGAUAUGCUGAUGCUGGGAGACCUGCUUUAAACCACUCAAGACCAGCAAACCACCUUAGGCUGGUGUAAGCUGUGUGUUUUUUUUUUUGUUUGUUUUUUUUUUUUGUUUUUUUUUUAUGUCAAUAACAACUCAAUGUUGUGGUGUUUUAAAUAUGUAUGAUAAACUCAACAAUGAAUAGCAUCCUAACUAAAACUCAGUCAAGAACUGUACAGAAUAUAAACAACAUUUGGAAAUUGUAGAGUAAAUUUGUAUGCAUUUAAAACUUUGUAUGUGUUGUUUGCUUAAUGCUGCUUAUUGUGCUGAAUGAAAAGAUGCAUAUAUUAAAGUCCUUUCCCUUGAGAUAUAA